GAGCUAGUUUCGUCUCUCUCACGAGCUCAUUUUAUUUCAUUUUACCCUCAAAAAUAUUCAAAAUAUUUACAGUCAACGUGUGUUUAUCUAUCUAUAUGAAGAAAUUGGAAUAAUAUUUAUUACAAUUGAAAGUGACAAUUUGUGACAUUCGGUUAGUCAACGGACGAGUGAUAAUUUAAAAAAUAUUUUUCCAAAUAUUGUACAAUUGCAGAAUUGUAGAUGAUGAAGAGCCGACAUCAAUUCCGAAGGCGUUUUAGCCUUCAACCAUCUUCAUCAGUAAAAGAAGAACAUGAAGAACCUACUAAGAAUGCAAUAAGAAACGAAAGACUUGCAGAGUCAGAAAGUAAUGAAAAAUCGAAUGAACCACCAGCUCGCCAUAAAAUUGUGGUUAUGGGAGCAGCAAGAGUUGGUAAAUCAUCAAUAAUAAUGCAAUUUUUAUAUAAUACAUUCACACCAAAGUAUAAAAAAACAGUUGAAGAAAUGCAUCGUGGUGAUUUUAAUGUAUCUGGUAUACAAUUGACACUUGACAUACUUGAUACAUCUGGAUCAUAUGACUUCCCAGCAAUGCGUGAUUUAUCAAUUAAAUCAGCAGACGCAUUUAUAUUGGUUUAUGAUGUUAACGAUGAAAGUACAUUUGCUGAAGUAAAAACAUUACGAUCACAAAUUAUUGCCGCAAAAGGUAUUGUACCAAUAGUCGUUGUUGGUAAUAAAGUUGAUGUUGCAACUGAUGAUGAUGAUGAUAGUGGAAGUGAAUUUCAUGUAAAGACAGAAAGUACACGUGAACUAGUUGAAACCGUAUGGGAGAAUGGAUUUGUUGAAGUAUCUGCCAAAAAUAAUGAGAAUAUAAUACAAGUAUUCAAGGAAUUAUUGAUACAAGCUAAAGUCAAGUAUAACCUUAGUCCAGCGUUGCGACGUAGACGACGUCAGUCUUUACCACCACCCCAGCAUCAUCAUAAUAAUCCACGUAGUAGUAGUGCUCAUGUUCCAUCACUCGCACAACUUCAACAUCUUCAUCAAAUACGUGAACGUUCUGGUAGAUCCAGAAAUUCUUGCAUUUUAUCAUAAAUAAUCACUUUUUAAUUAAGAAAUUUAAUAAUAAUAAUUAUUAUAAUAAUAAAAUUGAUUUGUUAUUUAAGCCAAAAGAAAAUAUUAUUCAACUGUUAUGUGAAUUAAAAAUUUCUAUAUUCUUAAAAAUUAAAAUUAGAUUACCGUAUUACAAAUUCAAGAUUUUUAUGUGUAACACGAAAGUUCAUAUAUAUAUAUAUCAAUUAUAUUGAUUUACUUUAAGAAAAAAAAUAAUUUCUUCAAUACAUAUUUAAUAUAGAAAUUACACAUCGAUCUAUCUGAAAAAUUCGAAAAAACUAUAAUUAUUUAUAGAAAUAAAAAAUACAUUGUUGAAAAUGUAAAACAUAUAUAAAAGCAUUCUAUAUUUGAUUCUAAUUAAUUGAGUAUGCCUACUUAAAAUUUUCGUUAUAUCAAUGUAUCGUUAUCAAUCGUAUGUUUUUAAUAAUUAUUUAGAAUAAAAUAAAAAUUAACAGAAAAAAAAA